AUGAAGAGCGUGAUGAAGGAAAAUAGCAGCCUGAAAUAUAAAUGUAACGAAAUUCAACAAAACAGCUUCAACAACAGUUUGGUGGUCACUGGUGUACCACAGCCAAAAAAUGAGAAUGUUUUUAUAACCACUCAACUAAUUGGCUCUUCGCUAGGAAUACGGCUAGAUGAAUCACAUAUCUCAAACUCGUACCGUUCACAAACAGCUGGUAAAAACGGUGUGAAAUCCAAUAGGAUUAUUGUUUUUUCUACGCAGAUUUACAAGGAUGAAUUCAUACGGUGCCGUAAAAUGAAGCGGGACUUUUCGACUGCUGAUCUGGACAAAUCUUUGGAAAAUCUAGUCAAAGAUCCAAACACUAUAUAUGUGAAUGAAUAUCUCACAGCACAAAACAAAAGUUUGUUUUUGAAAGCAAAAGAAUAUAAGAAGGAAACUAACAUACACAUUCUAUGGAUAAAAAAUGGCAAUAUUUAUAUGAGGAAAAAGGAGGGAACCAGGGCAGUCCUGAUUAACUCUGAGAGUGAUUUUCAAAAUAUACUCUGUAAACCAUCAACUAGUCAUUAUGUCAAUGAAGAAUCUACUUCUCAAUCAUAUACCCAUCCUGAAAGCAUGAAUGACAUUGAUCUCCUCAAAUUACCACAACCUGAUCCUCCCCAAUCACCACAGUCUGAUAAUGAGCCUGAACAAGUACCUGAACCUGAAUCAGAACCUGUGCCCAACCCUGAAUCUGAUCCUGAACCUGCAGAGAACAAUGAAGGCAACAGUGUCUUUGAUGUCUUCUGUGCACUCAUGAAAACUGAUGUGUAUUCCCUUCCUCUUCCCCCUACCUGGGGUAUACAUAAAACAGAGAAUGCAAUAAUAUUUUCCAAACUGUUAAUGGGAGACACUGUGGCUAUUGAACGUCUUCUGCUAGUUACAGAAGGAAAAAUAUGUGCACAAGUCCAUGAUAAAUCAAUGCAUGUUACUAAUACAAUAGAAACCAUUGGCGAUUUGGUGAAAUUCAUUCAACAAAUGGAAAACUCCAGAGAAGCCCUUCUACGUCGUCUCGGCCCCAACGCGUAUCCCUUCGAAAUGGAAAUAACGCCGCUAUCUCCGCCCAGCGUACAAUUAGUUCCCGCCAAGGAGUAUAACGGAGCUCCCAUUGGAACUAGCUACGACGUACGAGCAUACGUCGGAUCUCCUCAGACUCAGAGUAUUGCUAAAAUAACGAUUGAAAGCAUCAAUUUGAAAGUGCCGCAUCUUACACCCAACGAUGACAUAAAGUUGCAGCUGUUGACACGUAUCAAAGCAGAUGAGUCUAUGAUGAUACCGUUUCGUCGAUGGGAAUUGCACGAAUUACCAGCACUCACACAAGGAUCCACCAUAGAAAUCUGGUCGGUCAAGACGUGUUCUGCAUUAGAGAGUCCCAGAUAUGUUAUAGUAUUUUUCCAAACGAAGAAAGCCGAUGAUUUGCAUGAAGACGUCACCUUGUUCGAUAAUGCCAACAUCAAAUACAUACGAUUGGCUCUGAAUAGCGACUAUUAUCCGCAAGAGAGGAUGCUAUUGGACUUUUCCAAAGACCAAUAUGCCGACGCUCACUUCAACUAUACAGAGUUCAACAAGAGCUACCAUAACAGUCAACAAAAACGCUCUCUAGUGAAUUUCAAUGAAUUCAAAACCCGACCAAUGUUUGUUAUCGAUUGCUCGAGGCGCCAUCUAGGCAUGAAGUCGUCUACAGUUGACAUAAAGUUGGACAUUGAAGCGACGACAGGUUUCCCUCCCGACACCAAAGCCUAUUGCAUCAUCGUUCACGACCAAAUCAUAGAACACCUCCCACUCAGCGAAAUUGUUCGAAAUAUCACCUAG